AUUAUACUUCCGUCACUACUCCUGAGUAAAGUUAAUACCGUUGCGGGAUUGGUUGGUGGAGUCUCCAUGGUCACGGUAAACAGUCUGCACUGUAGUCUCUGAGUAGCGUCAGUGCCGCUCUCCAUACCGCAUCCAUCCGCAGCGUCCCCUACCACGCGUGCAGUUACAGCCCUUCUUGUUUUCAUAGCAAUGAGUGCGUCCGAGUUCUACCAGGGAACAACAAAAAGUUUUAAAAUACCGAUUGAUCAUCUUGAUUACACUUUCUUGGAGAAAUGCACGGAUGUCAAACAUCUGGAAAAGAUUUUGAGAGUUCUAAGGUCUGGAGAAGAAGGACACUACCCGGAUUUAACAGCGUUUUGUGAAAAGCGAAUUGAAAGUCUAUCUCCGCAUAGUCGUACCCUGAGGAAGGAUAAACCGCCUGCAACCGCUGCAGAUUUCUCCUCGGAAGACUGGCAACAAAUUGAUAGUGAUAUUAAGACCUUCUUAACAGACAUAAAGCAUAAGGAACAGCAGGAAUCUGUCUUCCAGCAAAAUACGGACAAUUUGCCUCCUGUACGCAGUUUCUCCAGCGAUCCAGCACCUAACAAGCAUAAAGGAAAAGAGACUCAGGCUGCUAACCCUAAGGUUCCACGGGAUUACAGAGACUGGGAUAGGUUUGAUGUUGAAAAGGAAUUAUCCAAACUUGAUGAGAACAAUGAGAAAACCGAACAGACAAAGACCAUUAUAAAUACAACGACAGCAAAGAUAAAGAAGACAGUAGACACAACAGGUACUAGUCUAGAGCAGAGAAGUUUUCUCGCAGUCCGUGAAAAGGAGAAGGGGAAUGAAGCUUUUAAAUGUGCGGACUAUGCGGAGGCGAUUUGUUAUUAUAGCAGGAGCAUCUCCACGUUACCAUCAGCAGUUGCAUAUAACAAUAGAGCCCAAGCGGAGAUUAAGCUGGAGAACUGGCAGAAUGCUCUGAAUGACUGUGAGCGAGCUUUGGAAUUAGAGCCUGGCAAUAUGAAAGCUCUUUUACGACGCGCUACAGUCAACACAAACCUACGUAAUUACCAGGCUGCAGCAAAGGAUCUAACGACUGUCUUGCAUCACGAACCAGAAAAUCCCAUAGCUAAGAAAGCGCUGUGUGACGUUAAUGAGCAGCUGCAGAAAGAACAGGAGACCUUAAAGAAAGGAAAGAAAAUCAUCAUUCAGGACAUCGAGGGUUCAGAUGAAGAUCAAGAUAAUCCGAGCUACAAGAAAGAAGCCGGUGUGACCGCGGCUGGAGAGGCUGCGGGAGAGCGGGCGGAAAUGGGGAAUGCCCAGAAAAAGUUCUCUCCGAAGAGGAGCAACGAGGAGGAUGCCAGCCAGACGCCCAGACACAAGCCCAGCGCCCAGAAUGGGGUGAGGAGGGACUGCAGCAAUGGGCCAGCUACCCCCCGCACUCCGCAGCCCAGCACCAAAGCCCCAGGAGCUGAGAUCAGAGCCCGGAGCAGCAGCCAGGAAGCACAGCCCUCGCCCCUGUCCCUGCCUCCGGCUGCGCGGCUGAAGGAUCAGGGCAACCAGCUCUUUAAAAAUGGCCAGUUCGGGGAGGCUGCAGCCAAGUACUCCGAGGCCAUUGACAUCCUGCAGAGCACAGGUGCGGAGGAUGCAGAACUGGGGGUCCUGUACUCCAACAGAGCGGCCUGUCACCUCAAGGAUGGGAACUGUGCACAGUGUAUUGAAGACUGCAACAAAGCCCUGGAGCUCCAGCCGUUUUCCCCUAAGCCGCUGCUGCGACGGGCAAUGGCCAAUGAGUCUCUGGAGAGAUACAGACAAGCGUACGUGGACUAUAAGGUGGCACUCCAGAUAGACAGCGGGAUGCAGUUGGCCAACGACAGCAUAAACAGAAUUACAAAAACAUUGAUCGAUAUUGAUGGACCGAACUGGAGGGAAAAACUGCCACCGAUUCCAUCAGUUCCUGUGUCCACCCAAUUACAUCUGCGUGAACAAAACAUGGCUGCCGCAAGCCAUAUCCGCCCCGAGCGCGUGACUGGCGAAUCGGCCGAGGAGAGGUUCUCGUCUCUGAAGCAGGAAGGCAAUGAUCACGUAAAGAAGGGGCAGUACAGAGACGCCAUGAAGAAAUAUACAGAGUGUCUAAAACUAAAUCCUGAAGAAUGUGCCAUAUACACCAACAGAGCACUGUGCUGCUUGAAACUGUGCCAGUAUGAAGAUGCCAGGAACGACUGUGAUUGUGCCCUGCAGCGAGACUCCUCUAAUAUCAAAGCUCUGUACAGGCGAGCUCAGGCCUACAAGGGAUUAGAGAAAUAUCAAGAUUGUGCCAGUGAUCUCCGGAAAAUUAUGUCGCUGGAUCCAGGCGUCGCAGAAGCAAAGAAUCUCCUAUCGGAAAUCGCACCCUUCUUAGCUACCGAGGGACAUGAAAAGCAAAGAAAGAAGAUCCUAAUAGAGGAGGUGGAUGAGAAGGAGGAACAGACUUCCAAUACAUUCAACCUCAACAGACAUGAAAGUGAUACGUCACCAGGGAAUAACCAGAGGCCUCCAAUCACAAAGCCCAGCAACGCCUAUGAGUUUGAACAGCUCAUGAAUAACUGCAGAGCAGGGAAUGACUUGGAAGGCUGCGCCCAACUACUGUCUAUCAUAGACCCAAAUGACUUGCCAACGUUCCUGAGCAACAAGCUAGACACAGAGACCCUUCUGCUAAUUGUACAGUCCCUGAAGAAGCAUGUUGUGGAGAAGAACCCUACCCUGGUGUAUCGGCACCUGUAUCACCUCAGCACAGCAGAUAGGUUUACGGUGGUGUCCUUACUUCUCGCCAAGACAGAGAAAGAAGACGUUGAAGAUCUCCUCAGGUGUCUGUCGGGAAAACGGGGCGAUGACCCUGACCCGGAUGCAGUAACAGACUUGGCACAGAAAUAUGGUCUCUGAGCUCAGCACAUUAUUCCUAUGCACGGUUUGAUCGAUCAUAUCAUUAGGGAAGGAUAAACUAUGCAAACUACAGUAUAUCAGCUGACUGAUAACCUACUCAGCAUGACUGUUGGAAUAUUAUUUAAGUGUAAAGUUGUUCAAUUCAUUUCCAUAAGCGAUCGCAUCCUGGAUAAUAGCGUGGCAGAAAUCCCUUCAUCUGGCAAUGUGAUGAGUGAAGUCGCUGGAAUCUGUCCCUCUGCACAAGCCAUCAGGAAUCCUUCCCCCAUUUACUCCAGGAAGCUCUCACUGCAAGAUAUAAAGUACGAUAUUAAUAAGUAGGUGCCCCAACGAGCAUCGUAUGGACGGCACGGGAUGUUACUUCCGUCAUUGGACGCAGCAUACACCAAGAAACAAGCACACCGGCUUUGAGCCUUAUAACUGCAACAGCCCAGGACAAAGCUAUCCGGUGUACAUCCAGCAGUAUUUGUGAGAAUGUCAUAUGUCCCUCGUAAAUCCAAAUGCUAAGACCUGAUUUAUGAAGUCAGACUGACACAUUUAAGAAUCCACUUUUACAGUCUUUCCCCCCAAUAUAACUAAUUUUGUCUGAUUUGUUCUGUGGGAAGAUUGCUUAACAACAUCCUCUUCACUGUUGUGUCAAGUAUGUAAAGGAUGAAUAUCGAGAGAGGCCGAGGUAUCCUAAUAAGACAUUUAUUCUUCUUGGGGAUCCUUGUUAACAGCAAUAACCCUUCCUACACUGCUAUUAUAAUGGUUUUAUGUUUGACUAAAUGUAUUCUGGGAUAUAACUACAUGUGCUACAACAAGACAGAAGCAGGUCUGUAAUAAAGGCUUGUUACAUUA